CGAGGGAGCGGGUCUCAGCAAUGCUCUUGUUCCUUUUGCUGUAAAACCUUCUGAUUUUUAAACAAGCAGUCAUAUCAGCGAGUGACGAAAAUGGAACUGUAAACAUUUCAGACAACACGCCGAGGGAUAUUCAGUGGAAUAGACUAUAACCUCGUUCGUUUGAUUGAACUGUAGUAGUUUCCUGUGUAUUUGAUUUCUUUGGACGUUGUCGUAGCAUUUUUAUUUUGUUGGUGGGGACCUCAUUGCUUCAACUCAGGAACUCUCCAUUGACAUUCCCUGCUUUGGCAGCUACCGUAUCUUUUUGCCGCAUCUCUCCAUGACGAUCAGGCGAAAACAUAACUUCAUUUUAAUACACUGAGUGAAAAUGGCAGCUGCUCUCAGUGGCCGAAAUCCGGGUGGACGUGGACCAAACCCCAGAAAAGGCCGGAUUUUAGGCAUCAUUGACGCCAUUCAGGAUGCAGUUGGGCCACCAAAACAAGCUGCAGCCGACCGCAGGACUGUAGAAAAGACAUGGAAGCUAAUGGACAAAGUUGUGAGACUUUGCCAGAACCCCAGAUUACAACUGAAGAACAGUCCUCCAUACAUCUUGGAUAUAUUGCCGGACACAUACCAGCAUUUGCGGUUGAUAUUGUGCAAAUAUGAAGAGAAUCAGAGACUGAUUCAGCUCAGUGAGAAUGAAUACUUUAAGAUCUACAUUGACAGUCUGAUGAAGAAAUCUAAAAGGGCAAUUCGCCUCUUCAAGGAGGGCAAGGAGAGGAUGUAUGAGGAGCAGUCACAAGACAGGAGAAACCUCACUAAACUGUCUCUGAUCUUCAGCCAUAUGUUGGCUGAGAUCAAGGCCAUCUUUCCUGGUGGCCAGUUCCAGGGUGACACCUUCCGCAUCACCAAGGCAGAUGCUGCAGAAUUCUGGAAGAGGUUUUUUGGAGAAAAGACAAUUGUGCCAUGGAAAGUGUUUCGACAGUGCCUUCAUGAAGUACAUCCAAUCAGCUCGGGACUAGAAGCCAUGGCCCUGAAAUCCACCAUCGACUUGACCUGCAAUGACUAUAUCUCUGUCUUUGAGUUUGACAUCUUCACCAGGCUGUUUCAGCCGUGGGGCUCUAUCUUGAGGAACUGGAACUUCCUGGCUGUGACGCACCCGGGCUACAUGGCCUUCCUGACCUACGACGAGGUGAAGGCCCGUCUGCAGAAGUACAUCAACAAGCCUGGCAGCUACAUCUUUAGGCUGAGCUGCACCCGGCUGGGCCAGUGGGCCAUCGGCUACGUCACCAGCGAUGGGAACAUCCUGCAGACCAUCCCCCACAACAAGCCGCUGUUCCAGGCCCUCAUCGACGGCUGCAGGGAGGGCUUUUACCUGUUCCCAGAUGGACGCAGCUACAACCCUGACCUGACGGGCUUGUGCGAACCAACCCACCAUGACCACAUCAAAGUGACACAGGAGCAAUAUGAGCUGUAUUGCGAGAUGGGCUCCACCUUCCAGCUGUGCAAGAUCUGCGCAGAGAACGACAAAGACGUGAAGAUCGAGCCCUGCGGACACCUGAUGUGCACUUCCUGUCUGUCGGCCUGGCAGGAAUCUGAUGGACAGGGAUGUCCAUUCUGUCGGUGUGAGAUUAAGGGCACGGAACCUAUCAUAGUGGAUCCAUUUGAUCCCCGCAAUGAUGGGAGCAAGUGCUUCUUCUUGGAAAAUUUCAGCUGUCCAAUGCUAGACCUGGAUGAUGAUGAUGAUCGUGAAGAGACACUGGUCAUGAAUGGACUGGCCUCCAUUAGGAAGUGCACUGAGAGGCAGAAUUCGCCCAUCAUGUCCCCCAACUCCUCCCCUGUUGCCCAGCGUAGGAAACCCCUGCCUGACCCCUCAGGGGGCAUCCAGCACCUCAGCCUACCUCCAGUGCCACCCAGACUGGACCUCAUCCAGAAGGGCAUCAUCCGCUCCCCCUCAGCCAGCCCCACUGGCUCUCCAAAGUCCUCUCCAGGGAUGCCCAGGAAGCAGGACAAGCCACUUCCUGCCCCGCCACCCCCACAGAGGGACCCUCCCCCGCCGCCUCCCCCUGAGAGACCUCCCCCUAUCCCGCCGGAUGGUCGUGCCGCCUGGCUCCCAUCCCCUUCGUCCGGCCUGCCCCGGGACCCACAGCUGCCACCCGAGGCCUGGUGCCCCAAAGACAGCCCUCUCAUAGACGGUCGGCCAGGAGCCGACCGCUCCCCCAAACUGGGCCAUUCGGCGCCCUCGCACGUGAAUGGCCGGCCACUAAGCUGUCCGCUGGUGGAGAGUGGGGCGGUGCGGCCACAGCACAGACUGGACGGCGUGGCAGAUGGCCCUAAGGCUUUCUCUAAUGGCCUCAUGCUCAGUGAUGAAUAUGAUAUUCCCCCUCGCCACUCCCCUCCGCCUCCUGCUCUUACCAGCAGCCAGCAGAGAUAUCCUAAUCCCUUCACCAGUCCGUGUGUGGAGAAGGCGCGACUAAUGGAGCGGCUGGAGGAUGAGUACCAGGUCCCUUCCUCCCACCCGGUGUGCCUCUCCCAGCCUCCCAUCUGCAUCUCCGUGCGCGUCCCCGACAGGGCCUUGGAGAAUGGCAUCUUAGAUCAGUCUUCUUCAGAGGGAAAGAGACCCAAAGCCCCUGAGCAUGGUGGUCAGUUUGACUCGGGCUCAUUGCUAGCAGCCGUAGCUCCUUCCCCACUCUGUCCUCUCCACAACAGGACUCCGUCAGACUACGACAUUCUUCUCCCCCCACAAGCCUCCCCUGCAGACGACCCCUUCAACAGCACCCCGCCCUCCCAGCCUCCUCCCCCUCCUCCCAUCAGGCACAGUUUCCCAGAGCUCCCCACUUCCUCGUCCCCGUCCUCCUCCCGUGCGGCACGGCCCGCCUCUGGACACGACCAUUUCCUGCUCAACCCUGACUCCUUCCUUGGCGUGCUGAGUGGAUCGGCCCCUGUGCCUCCACGCAGGCAGACGGAGGACAAUAUGAAGUCUCUAGCGAGGAACUCUCAAGAGUACGACCAACUGCCCCCGACGUCAGCCUGGUCCUGUCUCUCUCUUGCAGUAGCUGGAGAUUGCUGCUUACAGGCACCUGCCAGGCCACCUAAGCCCCUUCCCAGAAAGACGCCUCCAGACAUACACCACAGAAAGACUCACAGUCAUGAGUCAUCACGAGAGAAUGUGGACGCAAAAAUUGCCAAAUUGAUGGGAGAAGGCUAUUCGUUUGAGGAUGUCAAAAGAGCACUGAUGAUUGCUCAGAAUAAAGUGGACGUGGCACGGAACAUUUUAAGAGAGUUUGCAUUGGUAGCACCAAGACUGAACCUGUAGCCCACAGCGCAAAACUCCGGAUUGGUGACUGUGGCGACACAGGUGGAAGCCCAGUUCACCUGUGUCAGUCAGGUGUGGUGGCACGUGGGUUGGGGGCAACGACAGAUCUUGGUCUGUGAAUAGGGGAGCUGUACACAGCUCUGUUGUUUUUAGCCAUAGCAAAGGUUGAACAGGGGAGAAGCAUUUACCUGUUGAAACAUGAAACCUGUGAAAAAAAAAAAAAAAAAAAAAAAAAAAAAAAAAAAAGUGUGUUUACAGAGAACAGCUGUGUGGUGGGCUUGCUGGUGCUGGUGCCUGUCUGUGAUGCCAGUCUGUGCAGGCUGUCUCUCACCGCUCCUGCAACUGCUGCUGCUGCCAGCCAGCCCCCCCCCGGGUCUGCCCUGCCCUAGCCUGCCCUGCGUGCCCAGAUCCGACUCCAGCUGGACCCUGUUCUCCAGGCUGACUCUGUUAUUUUUGUACUGUUUUUAAUAUAAAUGUUAUUCUUUCGCGGUUUCUAGCUAUUGUGUAAUCAGUAUUGUACUGUUUGACCAGGCUAACGCAACCCCCCAGUCUACAGUAUAAUGGUUCCCUGUCGCAUGUGGCCUUCACUACUGAUUCUUCUCAGAGCAGUUCUUUGUCUUGAAAAAAAGAGGAAAAAAGCCUCCUUUAACAUGCUCGGCCCUGAAUGUAAAGUGCAUUCUUCAGUCUGGCACAAGGUUGAGUAUUUUUUGUCUUUUUUGGUAGAUACUAAUGCAGAACACCCUGCUGUAUCUACACCUACCUGAACAUUCUGUUACAUUUAUUUUUGUUUAUUUGUUUUAACCUCUUUAUUUUAACCUGUUAAGAUCUUGGAUCAUCACCUAAUUUUGGGCACUGAUGCUCAAGCGCUCUGUGGAUCACUCCAGCAGGUCCCAGCCCUCUGCAUUGCAGGUUUCUGUUGGUAGCAUCUAGCCUGAGGAAAGGACAGCCCAUAUUAUAGUAUAGGAGCAGGGGCUCCAUGAGUGGCUCCCCCCUGUGGAGAGUUAAGUGUAGUGAAUGUACUGUGGGACACAGAUGAGCAGCCUCACGGGUGGACACACCCAGCCACCCCUCCAUCUCCAGAGGAGCCCUCAAAGGCUAAUAAAGCAGAGAAUGUAUUCAUUCAGUUUGGGAGAAUGCAGAAAGGGGUUCGGCUGGACAGUCACAGUACAACACAACACAAGGAACCUGUAAAAAAUGCCAUUAUAUCAGGAGUACACCAAUAAUGCUGGUGCAUCGAUAAUUAUGGGAUGAAUUCCGAAUUAUUGUAUUUAUGUUAUGUGUUCAAAAAAAGUGCUUAGUUUGGAUGGGCUUUGCAUUCAGCACCAAAAGGGAAUAGGCUAUCCAUCUGCUAACAUCUAGUCUUGUGGAUAACAGAGCAUAAGAUCUUGUAAUAAAUACUUACUCGUCUGUUAGGAUUGGAUAUCUCAAACAUGUAACCAGCCCCUUUAAGCUUCCAAUGCGUGCAAAUAUUCCACCUCUGGUACCAGCAGACUUUUGUGGUCUGCUCUGAUCAACAGGCUUAUGACUCCGAAACUAAUUGUAGUUGCUGUUACAAGAUGCUGGUUGUCUCCCACAGAGCAUAGUAGCAUUAAUAAAGUGCUUGAGGGUUAUAUCAGGAGAAUUCCAGAUGAUUCUUAUUAGACCAUCUCUAUGAGGCCUUUGAACGAUUAUACCAACAACAGACUGCUUUGAUCCUUUUACCCGCUGUUCUACUUCUCUGAUCAGGUUUUUGUUUUUUUGUAAUCUUAACUUGAAGCUUUACUUUGCACUGGUCUCUCUCUUUAAUCUUAAACUUGAAAGUCUAGAACUGCGUGGUAACUCUUUGGCCUACAUUUAAGAGUAAGUGGCCUUGUUCAGAUUUGCAGGGGGUUAUUUUCUCUACUUUCAUUCUUUUACAGAAAUUUUGUUUGUCAAAAAAUGCCUUGUGGAUCAUGUAAACAUAGUGAUGUGUGCAAUUAAUUUAUACUUUGUUUAAGGAUUCUCUUGAGAUUAUUUCCAUUGUUUAAAGUAACCAGUAAUUUGUUCAUGUGAAAAUGUUUUAUAAAAGCCAGUAUUAACAUUGUU